AUGGCAGCUCUACGUACAGCCUCGCGCCUGGUCGCGCCCACCCGAUCCGCCCUGCGAUCCUCCUUUGCGGCGAGAUCGUAUGCCACUGUGACCGAGAACUCCGCUUUCGAUACUUCAGCUAGUCGACCUCCUGUUUCCCCGUCGAAGACCAGCACUGUGCAGGAACCGAAGCCGGAUAAGGAUGCAAAGAUCAAGACUUUCCAUAUCUAUCGAUGGAAUCCAGACGAGCCAACUUCCAAGCCCCGGAUGCAAUCAUACACUCUGGAUCUGAACAAGACUGGGCCCAUGAUGCUGGACGCACUCAUUAGGAUCAAGAACGAGGUGGACCCGACACUGACAUUCCGUCGAAGCUGCCGAGAAGGGAUCUGUGGGAGCUGUGCCAUGAACAUUGACGGGGUCAACACCUUGGCCUGUCUCUGUAAGAUCCCGACGGACACUGCGAAGGAGUCUCGAAUCUACCCGCUGCCGCAUACCUACGUUGUCAAGGACUUGGUGCCCGACCUGACCCAUUUCUAUAAGCAAUAUAAAUCCAUCAAGCCUUUCUUGCAAAGAGAUACGAAAUCGCCAGAUGGUAAGGAGUUCCGUCAAUCGCCUGCCGAUCGCAAGAAACUGGACGGUCUCUACGAAUGCAUCUUGUGCGCCUGUUGCUCAACCUCAUGCCCGUCAUACUGGUGGAACAGUGAGGAAUACCUUGGACCUGCAAUUCUACUACAAUCAUACCGUUGGCUUGCAGACUCUCGCGACGAGCGAAAGGCCGAGCGAAAAGAAGCCCUCGAUAACAGUAUGAGCUUGUACAGAUGCCACACCAUCUUGAACUGCUCUCGAACAUGCCCGAAGGGCCUCAACCCUGCCAAGGCAAUUGCCGAGAUCAAGAAGAGCCUGUCUUUCGCAUAA